CGAAAACUCGAAUGCUCCGUGUUUGCAUUGACAGAUGAAUCGGAUAUAUUUGCAGUGAAAGCAGCGGAUCUGCUCACACUCCGUUGAUUCUGCGUGCGGGCCGGGGGCUGCAGGCUCUGGGCUCUUUGUCACGGAGCAGCGGCAGCAGCAGCUAGCAUUAGCUUAGCUUUCCAUUCAACUUGUUGUGAACAAUGCACAGCCACCCGAUCGCAGACAGAGUCGCGUUUCCGGCGUGUGUGCUGUUGUGUGUGCGUGUCGUGCGUCUGCGAGGUGUGUUUGCCACCAGAGGGAGUUCAAGUAUGAAAAGAGGCAAGAAGGCAGAGGAGGCGGCUGCAGUAGAAGGGGAGGCCGACACCAGCCCUGCCACUGCAAAGAAAACAAAGAAGGCUAAGGAGCCAGAGGCACCGAUACUGUACGAUGACCCUCCCGACAAAAUGACCAGCAAAGAUGGACGAGACGCCAACAUGAAGAUCACCUCCUGGAAUGUGGACGGACUGAGGGCCUGGGUGAAAAAAAAGGGCCUGGAUUGGGUGCGUGAGGAGGCUCCAGAUGUUUUGUGCCUGCAGGAGACCAAGUGUGCGGAGAAAGACCUCCCGGCCGACAUCACCUCGAUGCCCGAGUACCCACACAAGUACUGGGCCGCCUCCGAUGAAAAGGGGGGUUACAGCGGUGUGGGCAUGCUCUGCAAGACCGAACCCCUCAAAGUGACCUAUGGGAUCGGCAAAGAGGAGCAUGACAAGGAGGGCCGCGUCAUCACUGCAGAGUUCCCCAACUUCUACCUGGUGACCGCCUAUGUGCCAAACUCCGGCAGAGGCCUUGUGCGCCUCGACUAUCGCAAAACCUGGGACGUGGACUUCCAGUCGUACCUGAGCGAGCUCGACAUACAAAAGCCCCUGGUGCUGUGCGGCGACCUCAACGUCGCACACCAGGAGAUCGACCUGAAGAACCCCAAGGGCAACAAGAAAAACGCAGGCUUCACCCCCGAAGAGCGCGAGGGCUUCAGCCAGCUGCUGGAGGCCGGGUUCACCGACAGCUUCCGCGAGCUCUACCCUGAGCAGACCAACGCCUACACCUUCUGGACCUACAUGAUGAACUCCCGCUCAAAGAACGUGGGCUGGAGGCUCGAUUACUUUCUGUUGUCGUCGUCCCUGCUGCCGAGCCUGUGCGACAGCAAGAUCCGCAACCAGGCGAUGGGAAGCGACCACUGCCCCAUCACUCUGCACAUCGCUAUGUAGGUCACUUCUCUACCUCUCCUGCACUGUUUUCUCAAUACAUCUUUUCUGACCUGGCACCAACAUCACAUGUGCUAGUGUUGAAAGUUCUUGUCUGUAAAGUGCAGCCCAAUCUCAUUUAUUCACUAAAGUCAGUACUGCAGGAAUUUAGUCAUUUACUCUUUUUCACUUGAAAGCUUUUUCUAAUAAUUCUUGUAAAACCGUCUCAGCGUGGCUUCUGUGUGCACUACUGCUGAUCUGAGACCACCCCAUGUUUUUCUGUGUUACUGUUUUAAAAUAAACUACUGCCGUCAAGAGAAAAUGUAUUUUGUUGGAGCGCAAAAAGGUUUAAGCUUCCUUUCCAACCCCUUUCGAAUUUUCUGUUGUAUAACUACACCCACUUCUCAAUAAAACCUGAAUUUAUGUAGAAA